AUGAGUCAAAGAUCACAUGACCUUCGCUGUAAAAAGCAGCGGAAGAACUCAUUUAUCCGGCCGCCCACACUCGCACACUCGCUAAGCCCGCCCCACACGGUCGCACUCCCAAUUUUGCAACUCCAUCGUCAAAGAGCGAAUCGUCUCCAUCCCCCUUCAACAAAUCGUUCAUCCCAGUCCGUUCAUCGCCAAAAAUCAUCCAAUAUGGGUAAGGUUCACGGAUCUCUCGCCCGUGCCGGUAAGGUCAAGGCUGCCACCCCCAAGGUUGAGCCCCAGGAGAAGAAGAAGCAGCCCAAGGGCCGCGCCUACAAGCGUGUUCUCUACACCCGCCGCUUCGUCAACGUUGUCAUGACCGGUGGCAAGCGCAAGAUGAACCCCAACCCCGGUGCUGCUUAAAUCAACGCAUCUUGAUAAACAAAAACCCCGAGGCGUGGAGGGAGGUCGGAUUCUACGAUUUUGAAAGACAUUCGCAAAACUCGACACCGCUACGGCCCCAUCGAAACGAAGGCUCACCAGAUACGGCUGGCUACUUGUACGGAUGAUAUCAUGCUGCGUUUCAUUUUGAAUUUUCGGCAACGGAUCGGUUUUUUGAGGGGUGGAACAUGGGAAAUGGAUGAAUACCACAUGGUGGCCUGAGGAUGAAAAGUUCUGGCUAGAAGCGAGCUGCUUAUUGGUAGGCUGCGCUUGGGAUGGUCGCUUUUGACUCGUACAUAGGCUAUUCCAUGCAUUGCAUUUCCGAUCCUUGAGUGGAAUCUUGCUUUACAACUGUGUAUGUGCCUAGACCUGGGAGAUCCUUUCUGAUGUGAGC